AUGUCGGUCCCGAUCUCCUACGGAAGCAUAUUGCGGCAGCUCAAGCAGCAUCACCAAAACAAGCUUCAUGCCCAAUACAGGCUCUUUUCGUCUACUCCGCUGUAUUGGCAAAAGGCGCCAGCAUCAACGAUCUCCACUGCUACCUCCAAAGCGCCAACGAGAAAGGAACGACUGGUGGUGCUAGGGAGCGGCUGGGGCGGCUACACGCUGCUCAAGCACCUAGACAAGAGCAAGUAUGAGACCGUCAUUGUCAGCCCGAAUACUUACUUUGCUAUGACACCGUUGCUGGCACAGGCUGCUGUUGGCACACUGGAUUUCCGAGCCGUCAUGGAGCCCGUGCGGUCAAACGGCGAUGUGACCUUUCACCAUGCUUGGGUCGAUGCACUCGACAUUCAAACACGCACGCUCAAGCUCAUGCCCGCAUAUCCACCGUCAUUCCGUGAAGUUGAUCCGACGGUGUCCCUGCAGGAGCAACAGCACGAGGUUCAUGCCCAGCUGCAGUCACAGCUGGGGCGCAACACCGACAAUGGAGAAAGGUUGCCGCACGCUGUUCCUCCGCAUUCGGAUGGAAAGCGACAGGCACGCGUGGCGCUUGAGGAGCAGUCGCGUGCGCCAGCACGUAUUCCCGAGGCCAAAGGAGGCUAUGCCACCAGUUUUAAGAAGCCUGUGCAUCGCAGAGACGUAGAAGGCAUGAGCACUGCGAGUGAAGUACCGUCCGCGUCUGUGUCUCCGGCAACCACUAGAGGAGCUGACGACAAGCUGACGCAACAGCACGGCAUGGUGCAUCCGGAUGACUUGCCGCGCAUCGCGGAAGCAGCCAUGGCACAGGAGCAAGGGAGGUACUACGAGCUCAAGUUUGACAAGCUCGUCAUCGCCGUAGGUGCAUACAACCGGACUUUCAGCAUUAAAGGUGUCAAGGAGAACGCAUGGUUCCUCAAAGAUGCUCAGAACGCUCGCAGCAUUCGAUGGAGGAUCUUGGAGACGCUCGAGCAGGCUUCGCAUCCCGAACUGCCAGAAGAAGACAAGCGCAAGUUGCUCUCUUGGGUAGUGGUCGGUGGUGGCCCGACCGGAGCCGAGCUGAUCGGCGAGAUUCAUGAUUUCGCGUCAAAUGAGAUCAAACGAAUCUUCCCUACGCUCGCGCCGCUCAUCAAGCUAACGAUCGUAGACUCUGCCGGCGCAAUCCUGCAUACAUUCGACGAGCGACUCUCGCAGUACGCGCGCGCGAAAUUCCUGAACAACCGCAUCGACGUCCGACUGAAGCGGACGAUCACAGGCGUGGAGCCGGGCGUGCUUCAUAUCAAAGAGGACGGCGCGCUGCCGUUUGGGUUGCUGGUGUGGAGCACGGGUAUCACAAGCAGCCCAUUGAUUCGCAGCAUCAAGGGCAUCAAAAAGGAGAAGAGGUCGUUAAACUUGCUUACUGACGACCAGUUGCGCGCGCUCAAGGCCGAGGAAGGGCAGGAGCUCGUCGAGCUCGCACCGCCACCCAAGCCAGGCGUACCGCCGAACGAGAGCAGGUGCACGGAAGAGGCAUACGAGAACAUUUGGGCUCUUGGAGACUGGCGAAUGAUGCCAGCAACCGCCCAAGUAGCUUCGGCGAAAGCCAAACACCUCGCUUCCAUCUUGAAUGGGGAGAUGGGAGAGCUGGGGAGCAACUCAACGGCGGCAGCCGCGUAUCAAGACCAACGGUACUUUAAGUAUUCCUCGCGCGGCGCGAUGACUAAUCUCGGCUCGUCGCAGGCAAUCUUCGAGUCGCCCGUGGCGAAUAUGACAGGUCGCACCGCCUGGCUGCUGUGGCGCGGGGCCUACUCGUGGAUGAGCAUGAGCUGGCGCAACCGCCUGCUCGUGCCCUGGGGAUGGCUCGUCACGGCCACCUUUGGCAGGGACGUCAGUCGCUUCUGA